UCUUCAACCGGCUGUGGAAAGAAAGAUGCAUUUGCACCGUGUGCACGAUCGGCGAAACUUCGAAAAAUGCGUGUGUCGAAAUGCAGCACAUACUGGACUUACUGAAGUACACAAUAGCCGACGUUUUGAAUAAGCCAGAAUUUCGCGUGUUUCAAAAUUUGGACGCAUUGAAAACGGAUACGCGCUACACCAGCACCGUCACCAAUCCAAUUGAUUUGAACAAAAUCGCCGACAAUAUCGAUGGCCAUCACUACAAAAGUUUCUAUGCAUUUCUUGUCGAUGCAGAAUGUAUCUAUCACAAUUUCUGCAUUUAUUACGGUGUACGUCAUGAGCAAACAAAAGCAGCCAAAUCACUGUUUGAGUUUUGUACAUACGAAACAAAAUCCAUUUUCAGUUGUUCCGAUUGUUACAUUAAUAAACACUUGCAUCCAAGUUCAUGGCGCACAAUGGCCUGUACUGUGCCACACCUUCUGCUGUCGAUUAAAUUGAAAGUGUCAUUAGAUUUUUGGCCGAUUAAAAAGGGUUUCGGGUAUUGGCCAGCAAAGUUGAUUAGUAACAGUGACGAUGAAAAUAAAGCAAUUUUCUUCGGUCAUCCGGAAAUCAUUACAAUUGAUAACCGUAGUCUUUCCAAGAGUUUUGUGUAUUCCAACACAGCGCCGACCUUACAGUCAGGUCAAAGCGAAAUCGAGGGUGCAUUGGAGGAAGUCGAAAAGUACCGCAAAUCCAUCGAAAAAAAAUUCGGCCGUUUCAUUCUACCAUUGAAAUCUAUGCCAUUCAAGCCCCAACACUUUGCUGGGCACAUGAAGCAAAUGUUUCCAGAUUAUGCUGUCUCUAAACCAGAUGGAUCUGCGCAAAAUCAAAGCGCCAAUGUCGAAAACAACGAUAAGCCUCCGAUAAAAAAACGCCGCUACUCUCGACAUACCAAACAUGUUGAAGACAUUAAGCACGAUUUACGAGGCGAACCUGAAGUGGAAACCUCUAUGACGACCCUCGUUCAACAUGAUCACCAAUACGGAACAAACGGUUUUAGUUCUGAUAUAGGUUCAUUAGUCAGUACUGGUUCUCAACCAUCAUCCGACCAAAGCGAAACUGCGUCCCAGAUUUUCCACAAACAACUUGCUGAAGGUAUGAAAUUCAUCCAAAACAGUGCCAUAAACUUCGAAAAUGUCAACAAAGCAAAAACGUCAUCCUUGCAAAUCGAAUUGAAAAAGGCACAAGACGCACUUGCCGAAUGCCAAACAAAGAACGACAAACUAUUUGCCCAAGUUCAAGCUGUUACGUCCGAAAUGGAUCUGGAAUUGAUCGAAGCCAAAAGUGUUUUGGCCAAAGUAAAAGAAGAUCAUGCAAAAGAAAUUGCUGCACUGAAUAAGCGAAAUAUGGAAGCGAUAUGUGUGCAUGAGCAAGAGAAAAAUAAUUGGCAGGAACAACGGCAGAAAUUAUUUAAAAUCAAAAACAGCCAGGAAGCAUUGAUGAACGUCGCAAGGAAUACAAUCGAGAAAAUGAAAAUGGAACAUAACGCGAAAAUGAGGGAAAUGGAAACACAAAUGCAGGCGAUCAUCAAGGAAAAAGAACAAAUCGAAUCUGAUUUGGAAAUUAAAAAUUUAACCCAAGUACGAGAAAAAAUGAAGAAAUACCAGAAAUCCGACAACAGUUUUUCGAAAUAACGGAAAUGCUAUCGGUCCGAAUAUGGAACACAGUUUUCACAGCCG